AUGGCAUCUGUGACGGUUGGUACCAAGCGUUCAUUUGCUGCAAUGAGCACUGAAACUGGAGCGAAGGAUGGACGUGCUUCGUUGCCAACACCAUCUCCGCCUGCGUCCAAACAGCGAAGUUUACCAAAUUCGGCAAGAUCAACACCAGCACCCUCACAGUACGAAUGCAGGAGGGUGUUCGACUCCAGAGCAUCCAUCGUGCUCAUUGGGAUGCACGGAACAGGCAAGGCAACGUUAGCUAUGAUGGCUUCGGUAGCCUGUCAACGAAGGGUUAUUGAUAUGGAAAGUGUCUUUCACACAGCAACAGGCUUUUCGACCACUGCAUAUCGCAAACAGUUCGGAUCUUCAAAUCGUAGCCUCCGGCAAGAGGAGAUCUUACGUGGCACACUGCAAACCUAUAGCAAAGGCGCCAUCAUCGUUUGCAACGGAGGUUUUCCAUUGGAUAAUAGCAGCCAAGCUCUGCUACACGAGUUCUCAGCGGCGCACCCAGUGAUUCACAUUACACGCGACGUGCGCAGUGUACGAGAGUAUCUUGACACGGACGAAUCGAAAGUUCGAGAGUUACUCGCUCUCAGCACUCCCGUUUUCCGACGAUGCUCGAACUAUGAGUUCUACAACAUCUCCGAAACGAAUGCGGCUCAUCUUUCAGUUGCACCUGCACAUCAGCCCUCUGUUCCUGCGUUCUUGACUUUAAAACGAGCGGAAAGGACCUUUUUCAAAUUCCUGGCCCUGAUAUUAUCCCCUCAGAAUACACACCGGAAGAUCAAAAGCGAUGCACCCACACUAGAUCCUGGCCACUUUCCGUUGUCCUACGUCGAUCUAGAAUUAAGGAACUACACCUGUGCUGUCCAAGUACAAUUGUCAGAUCUCACGGCCGAGGACGUCGAUAUCGAAGAACUGGAGUUCGGCUGCGAUGCAUUUGAGAUAGUCGUCGAGCCGACGCAACUUACAGCGGAUCACGCGGAAAACAUCAGCAAGAGCAUAUUCAGAGUCCGGAGAAGUACGGUAACUCCUAUUAUCUUUCAUGUCAUGCCGCCUUCAACACGCCCUAGCCAUUCCACAUCUUCCUACUUGGCGAGCUUAUGGUAUGGCCUACGGAUGGCACCCGAGUUUGCCACAGUUGAUCUCACAAUGGAUGAGGAGCUCAUUCGAGCGAUUGUUGCGUCGAGAGGCUCAACGAAGAUAAUCGGUCAUCUUCACGCAGCUAUGGAUUGGUACGAUGUCUUCUGGCUCGAGAAAUACGACACUGCAAUGCGCCUGGGCUGUAGCCUUGUACGCUUUACCAGGCCAGCUAACUUCAUGGAUGACAAUGCCGCCAUUCAAUCGUUCCGCAACACCAUAUUCGCCAAGUCACAGAAGAUACCCAUGAUAUGCUACAACACCGGACGCGCCGGUCGUCGUUCCGCUUGCUUUAACCAGGUUCUUACUCCUGUAAUACCAGAAAAGUUCCGAAAGAGUGCAAAUUUCGAAGCUAGAGCGCAAGGAAAUCCAGAAACCUCAUGGCUCACCGUAACAGAGGCUACACAUAUUCUCUACGCCUCUUUUACAUAUGACCCUAUGGAAUUUUACAUUAUUGGCGCGGCAGCAGGGUACAGCUUGAGCCCUGCUAUGCAUAAUGCGGCGUAUCGAGCGUGUGGCAUGCCUCAUCGCUUCGAUCGUCUUCAAACUGCGACACUAGAUGAGAACAUAAGAGAGCUAUUGCGGAAACCAAACUUCGGCGGUACUGCAGUCAGCCAGCCUUUCAAGGUGGAUGCCAUUGCACUUACUCACUCCCUGAGUCGACAUGCUCGAGCGAUUGGGGCGAUCAAUACGCUCCUUCCAAUCCGCCAUCUUAACUGCGAUGGCAGCAUUCCCGAUGCCGAUGGCGUUGAGCUUUACCAAGAACGCAACCAAUCCGGGCCUGUCAAAGCACUGUUCGGUGAUAAUACGGAUUGGAUAGGCAUCCGAUCAUGCAUACGAAGAGGGCUAUCUCCGGCCAAUGCUGUCCGGCCCACAACCACCUCAAGCCUUGUUAUCGGGUCUGGAGGCAUGGCCCGAGCGGCGAUCUAUGCCAUGCUACAGCUUGGCAUCAAGAACAUUGUGAUCUUCAACCGAACAGUCAAGAACGCACAAAAGCUAGUCAGCUACUUUUCACAACUAGCUGCAAGCCCGUCCGCAGCCAAACUCUUCCCAUCAUUCGUCCAAGGAUCGCAACCCACAUUCCGCAUACUCGAGUCUAGGAACGAAGCUUGGCCAAGUGAUCUCCGUGCACCGACUGUCAUCGUUUCCUGUAUACCUACGCAUGCCGUUGGUGAAGAGCCAUCACCCGAUUUUACGCUUCCCUCUCACUGGAUGCAGUCACCAUCAGGAGGUGUAGUCAUUGAGCUCGCUUACCGCACUCUCAACACGCCCUUGACGAAACAAGUUCGCGAAGAAGCGUCGGCGUCUUGGAUCUGUUUGGACGGCCUUGACCUAUUACCUGAACAAGGCUUCGCGCAAUUCGAGCUUUUUACGGGCAAGAGAGCUCCUCGCAGGAUCAUGCGGGAAGAAGUAUUGAAAUGUUGGACAGACGAGCAAGGUCGAUCGAAUCCUAACAUGGUCCGAACCCGACUCGAAGCCAUGGCAGAUGAGCAAGAGCCUUGA